AUGGCCAACACUACGGAACUGACCGGUACAGAAAUCGCAGGUUCACUGGGGUUGAUCCUGGCGGCUAUCUUGGAGGUUGGGGCCCUGCUGGGCAACGGUGCUCUGCUGAUCAUAGUGCUGCGCACGCCCGGACUGCGCGACGCGCUCUAUCUGGCGCACCUGUGCGUCGUGGACCUGCUGGCAGCCACCUCCAUCAUGCCAUUGGGCCUGCUGGCCGCGCCCCCGCCAGGCCUGGGCCGCGUGCGCCUGGGCCCUGCGCCCUGCUGCGCCGCACGUUUCUUGUCCGCAGCACUGCUGCCGGCCUGCACGCUAGGCGUGGCAGCACUCGGCCUGGCGCGCUACCGCCUCAUCGUGCACCCGCUGCGGCCAGGCGCGCGACCGCCUCCUGCACUCGUGCUCACGGCCGUGUGGGCUGCGGCCGGGUUGCUGGGUGCACUCUCUUUGCUCGGGCCGCCGCCCGCACCGCCCCCCGCCCCAGCUCGCUGCUCGGUCCUGGCCGGAGGACUCGGGCCCUUCCGGCCGCUCUGGGCGUCCCUGGCCUUCGCUCUGCCCGCCCUCCUGCUGCUCGGCGCCUACAGCGGCAUCUUCCUCGUGGCGCGCCGCGCCGCGCUCCGACCCCCGCGACCCGCGCGCGAGGCGCGGCUGCGUUCCGACUCGCUGGACAGCCGCCUCUCCAUUCUGCCGCCGCCGCUCCGGCCUCGCCUGCCCGGGGGGAAAGCGGCCCUGGCCCCAGCGCUGGCCGUGGGCCAGUUUGCAGCCUGCUGGUUGCCUUACGGCUGCGCGUGCCUGGCGCCCGCAGCGCAAGCCGCGGAGGCCGAGGCAGCCGUCACCUGGGUCGCCUACUCAGCCUUCGCCGCUCACCCCUUCCUCUACGGCCUGCUGCAGCGCCCCGUGCGCUCUGCGCUGGGCCGUCUAACCCGCCGCGUUCUGCCCCAGCCGCCGCGCACCUGCCCUCCACGGGCCUGGCACCCACGGGCACUCCUGCGGCGCUUCCACCGACCCCCUCAGAGCCCUGCCCCAAACCCUUCAGAAGCACCAGAACCGGUCCCCAAGUUGGCAAGAGGGCGGAGCCUGACCGCGCUGUGCUGAACUGAAGCAAAGGUGUGGAAGAGAACCCUGCACAGGAGCUGGAGGUGCCAGCUGGGACUUCCACUUUAUAACAGGAGAAAAGCUGCUAGGAGCCUGGCAAGACCGGGAGCCCAGAAUGCAGGGUUCUGGACCCGCGCACCGCAUGACCCUGUGCACGGGACCUACCAGUCUUCCUGCCUCAGUUUCCCCAUUCUGUAUGUGCCCUGCAGUGUGGGCUGUUAAACUCAGUGAAGGUCUCCAAGCCCGGGAAGGAGAAGAAUUGCACAAAUGGAGAAGAGGACAUAAGGGCUAAGUGAUGGGCUAAGCAGGGUAGGGUGGGCGCUACAGCCACAGCAGGAAGAACCAGUACAGAGAUGCUCAGGAGGACUUCCCCACCGUCUGUGACAAUGAGAGGCUGGACAAGGUUGUUGAGCCACUUCCACCUGCUUCCAAACUCUCAUGAAACAACUGAUGCACCCAUGUGGUACUGGAAACAGGCAGCUGGAUAUGGCCCCUGCUGGACCCCUGAAGGGACCGAACUGGCGCAGCCCAGUGGGAGCUGGUAGGGUUACAGGUGGGGCUCUUCCUCUGCACCCACUUCCUGGAAGUUUUGCUCACCCCACCCCACCCCACCCCAUUCCGCAAUACCAGUAUUUCAUAGCUUCCUGGUCGCUGAGAAUGUUUAUUCAAAAACAGGAAUUGAAAAAACUGUACAGUGUUGCUGCUCAGAACUGGACCCCUGCCCCCAAGC